UCCAGGAAUCCCUCCCUAAUGGCGAAGGCUUCCCCUUGAGCGAUUCGUUCUUACCAGUCAAGCAACAUUGGAGCAGAUUGUGAUGGACGGUGCUACACCAUUUCUUCCUCAAGAAAUCGUCCGAAACAUUCUCAAACGACUGCCUGUGAAGUCCCUAGUUCGAUUCCAAUGUGUUUCCAAAGAGUGGAAAAAUCUCAUCAAGACCCCAUCUUUCAUCGCAGAUCAGCUCCACCAUUCCAGUCAUCAAAUCCCUUCUCUUCUUUUGCAACAGAAUUAUAGAAAUGAUCCUUUGCGUUUCUAUUUGCUCAGUCGCGAGAUGCGAAUCUUUGAAGUUCCGAACCCACCUUUGAUGGGUUCCUUGCUGGGUGCUAAGAUUAUCGGUUCCAGCAACGGCCUCGUCUGUGUUGAAAUCGAUAGGUAUGGUGUUUCUUCUCCUUCCCUUUUACUGUGGAAUCCAUCGACUAGAGAGGUCAGACCGUUGUCAGUAGCUAUGCAUGGUUCUGAUGGUGAUUGCGCUUUAGGAUUUGGAUUCUCUCCUAUUGUUAAUGAUUACAAGAUAGUCAGAACUUAUGCUGAGUAUGAAAACGCUGUUAAGCGAGUGGAAGUGUAUUCAUUAAGCACUGGGUCAUGGAAAGAAAUAGAAUUUAGGAACUUAGAGGGUGUGCGAGUUUAUUCUGACUUUAUCAAUGUUGUCACUGUUAAUGGAGCUGUGUUUUUUUAUGGUGCAAAUGGCAUAGAUGAAAAUGCUGAGGAUAUUGAUAGUUUGUUAGUUUCCUUUGACAUAGCAACGGAAGUGUUCACCGUGAUGCCAUGGCCUGAUUUAGGCUAUAAUUCGACUGCCUACCUCACUGAGCAUGACAACAAACUAGCUAUCGUUUGUCUCACUGCGAAUCGAAGAAUCUUCCAAGUUGAGUUGUGGGUGAUGGAGGAGGUAACCAGUGCAUCAGGGAAGAAGUCGAAUUGGACCAAGAAAUAUAGGAGCAAAUCCUAUCCAUACUUUUUAAUGCCAGUGACCAUGUGGGGGAAUGAAAUUAUUUGCUCUGUUGAUGUAACUGAAAGAGAUGAGUGGGAGGAUGAUAAACCAAAAGCUGUUAUAUGUCUGUUCAAUGUCUGUACUAAUGAAUCUAAGUUCUUGACAAUCCACAGGGGCAGUCGUUUUCGUAAUAUUUUCAAUUAUGUGGAAAGCCUUGUGCCGGUUGGCAACAUCCACAUUGAAGAGCCUAGGCGGCAGUCCUAAAGGAGGAGGAAGAAGAAGAAGAAAGAGCCUAGAUCCUAAGUCUUAAUUGUUACAUUGUAGAUUAACCUUCCUAAGCACUUUUGGUGGAAUCCUUGAUGCCUUUUUAGAUGUGUUUUGCAGAAUGAUGAAUGUAGUUAUUUAACUACCAGAUGUUUGUAGCUUUUUUGGACUUAUCUAUAAUAUCAUGUUGUUUUGCUUUCUUUCAAA